AUGACAGCACGCAUAGAAAAAGUUCUAGCUUCCAAGGAUCCCGGCUUGACGGAUGAAAAUGACUGGGAGGAGUUCAGCUUGAAGGACGUCAAGGUCUACAUUCCAGGCAAGACGCGCUAUGCGAACAUCCUGUCUGCGUCAGAGGAUAACCCCUUGAUGGUUACCGGUCAGCUUGAGGAAGUUGAUGAAGGUCAAGAAUCUCUCGUUCUCGACGGCGACUACCUUCAAAAGCGCGUGGUCAUCCAAAAUGUGACGCACUAUGCAUAUGGGCAGGACGGCGAUGGUGGAGUUGGAAUCUGGGCAGCUGGUGAUGCGGGGUGGUUCUCGAUCUCUCCCGCGAAGGGCUACAAGCCUAUGUUCCAGGAGGUUGUUGAAGCUGUUGAUCUGCUAUAUUUCCUAGUUGACCAGUACCAGCCUAAGAAGCGGAAGGGAAAGAACCGGAAAAAAUUGACCUGGGAGUUCUUGCUGGAUGAGUAUACGCGGCACACACAUGGUGCCUGUGAGGACGCCGAAGAGUCGUUGGAGGUCUUCAACAAGCAUCAUGAAUUUCUCAUUCGACAAAUGGUUCAAGGGAAAGAGGACAUUGACUGGCCUAGCACUUUGGUGUAUUCUCACCUACGUGAAGAGUUUCCGGACUUGUUCAACGAUCCCCAUUCGGAGGAAGAUUCGAAAUCAGACGUAGUAAUGGAGAACUCCCAUCCUGCAGAUAACGCUGAAGAAAAUUCUCAGGCCAACGCCAUUUUCGAGAUUAUCCUGGAAAUGAAAGAUGCGGGACUGUUAGCUCAGCGGAAGUUACACUUGAAGAAUGUGGCCGAAGAAUUGCUGGAGAAAUACGAGAUGAGCUCUUUGGAGGAUGCAAUUAACCUGGUAAAUUCACGGGCCGGGAGUGUGAUAAAACUUAUGGAUGAAGCGCAGGGUACUGCCUCCUCAGAUUGGCAUCGAAGGGCAAUUUAUCGGCAACUGAAAGAAGCUACGGAGCUCGAAGAUAUCCCACCAGUUGGUGCAACGCCUCUUCGACCUCGACAGAAUGUAGACGUAUCCGAAUCGGGCCCAGAAUCAGAGGAGGACGAGGAGGACGAAGGUCGAGUAAAGAAGAAUCGAAAGCGGAGAAACCGCAAAUCAAUCCUCCGACCAAAGACAUCUGAAAAGGCGGGUAAACGAAACCGGGACUACGCCUCCGUGGACUCUGAAGAAGAGAUGGAGGAUAUUUUUGUUGCAGAGGACACACCAACCAAAGGAGGGGCGCAGUUGCUUCAUGAGUCCUCGCCUACGGAAAAUCAAGAUCAUCCAUAUUCUGAUGGAGAAACUAACAAAGAUGACAAGAACGGCACUGUAGUAGUGAACGGACAAAUUCCACCAGACACAUGGGUUUGCCCUGUUACCGGCUGUGGCAAGCAAAUACCGAGAGCUACAUUGAAGAGAUCGAAGGGAGCAAUCGAUGAUCAUAACCUCGUCCACGCGGAUGACACUCAGUCAAAACUUGAUUUGGUCUUUGCAGAGCAACGACUCAACGUCAAUGUCUCGGUUAACAACCUGUUAAGCCGUAUCCGCGAUUUAGGUGGUCCUACGCUUCCUAAUAUUAUGGGAGAUCCUAUUGAUCCUGAUCCGACACCCACAAAUAUGGACAUAUGA